AUGUGGCCGUUGGGCGUUCCUCAGCUCGUCCUCGAUCCGCCACUCGAUCUCGCACCACCUGCCGGGUCGAGGCUCGCCAUGCUUUCGUGGGCGGGCGGGCGCGAGUUGGCGAUGUUUCUCGACUCGCAGCGCGACAAGGGCGUAGAGAGGGACGGAGCGAGUGCCUGGCUAGACAUGGCGAGUGCGCGUGCCCAGCUUUCCCCCGAACAGGCGGCGACCACGCUCAUUGUAGCACCCCAGUUUUUGAAUGGUCUGGACAAGGACAAGUUUUGCCAAUGUCGGCCGCUGGUAUGGAAAGCAAACACUUGGGGUGAAGGGGCCCCAUCACAGGGACGCAAAGAUAGCGGGCCCUCGGGUGUAUCGUCGUUCGAGGCACUGGAUGCGCUCGUAGCCCACUUUUCGUCCUACGCCUCGCUGCGCAAGAUCACGUUGUCGGGGCACAGCUUGGGAGCGCAGCUGGUACAGCGAUACAGCGUGCUUGGACGUCCGCACAAAGAGAUCACACUCGGUACUGAACCCGGUGACACGGUGGAUGCACAGGACAUGGACAUGUACAAGUAUGGAUUGGAAGGUGUGGAUUUGGCGCUGUCGUGCUACGGUGCUGUUGGGGAUCGGACCAUGCAUGCGCGGCGAUGGCUCGCCGAGCGCGUGGUGCACUUUCUACACGCCGAGCACGACCGCGGUGUUGGAGAUGACCGUCCCCCGGCUCUGGCUCAAGGCGCGAAUCGGCUCGAGCGCGCACAGCACUACCGGGCCCAUCUCGACGCGCUGGCCAAGCAAGCAGGAUUGCCACCGAAAUGGACCGUCGACUGGAUCCCGCACGCCACGCACGACGGACUCGCCAUGUGA